AUGUACCAGAAGAAAGACAGAUACCUGAAAGCAGAAAUCUCAGAAACAGAACAAGGACUACCACCUGCUGAAGAAUUUGAAGAAUUUGAAUCUAGUGAGUCUCUGGAUGUUGAUGGAGGUAGCAGCAGCAACCAUAGCAGCAAUGGCUGGAGUUCCUCUGUGGUUGGCCAGCACACUAAAUUCAAGGAGAGUUCCCUCAGUAGGGUCAAAGGCCUCUUACCAUUCCCUCUCCUGGCCAAAAUCACCUGCAACACCCCUGGAUCCUCCUCAGGAUAUAUCUCUGAGGAUGAAGAGGAGCAGGACAAGUGUGCCCACAAAGUUGCUUCUGACUUGAGGCAGACCCUCCUGAAGGAAGGAGUGACCACCGGGGUGACAGAGGAGGAAGUGCAGGAGAUUAUGCAGCAGGCCCUGAAACUCUACAGCGAAGAUUGCAUUGGACUGGUGGAUUAUGCCCUGGAGUCCUCAGCCAAAUGUCUACACUGGCAACAGCUGGGCAUUCCAGGGCCCCCAACAUUUUUUCGGUUUCGCUUGUCUGCCGACAUCCAUCUCACUGCCAUCACAUUGGAACACGUGCCCAAAGCCCUGUCCUCAAUCAGCAACAUCACCAACACCUCCAAGGAAUUUGUCAUCUUGGGCAAGGACACAGCCCCAUACCAGCUUGUAGAGCUUCGAGUCUUGAGCUACUGGGGUCACCCUGAGUAGACCUGCACUUCCUGCUUCCAUGUCCAUGGCAAGCCUGCCAAUUAGCACCUCCCUGCCAAGUCCCUUCACCCCUUCUUCCUUCAGCCACCAGCAAGCAGCUCCCCCACCUCCUCCUGCCUCCCCCAGGCUCAAUCCCUUCUGGGCACUAUGACUUCUAGGAGAGAGAGAUAGAAGGUGGGAGGCCACCUCCAUGAAGCCAUGUUUCCUCAACAAGCCCUCUCUGAUAUGGACAAGACCACCAGCUGAGCAAUUUCUGUUUCAAUGCCCUUCAUCUGCAGGGUCAGGUGGCUCAGCUCCCUGCCAGGCCCUGCCUACCUCCAAGAGGUAUAGACAUAUUUGUGUACUAUAUGUUGCGGGUGUGGUAGGCACUAGUGAAGCCUUACUAUGCUCAACAGCAGUCCUACAGAAACACAGCUUACACUGCCUUGGGUCUAGGGCAAGGAAUUUGGUGUAGUAAGGCCAUGACAAAUUGGACAGCUGGUAGGCAGUCUGACAUGGGCAUGCUCCUACAGGUGGCUAAUACCGCUCUCCAUGGGACCUUGAUGGUUCUCUUCACCACUGGUCAUGAUGGGUGCACUCUUUGAUAUCAGAAGUACCUGGGAAAGAGCACAGGUGUCUGGGCUUUUGAUUCUGACAAGGCCAACAGACUGGAUUUGAGGGAAGAUCCCCCAGGACCACCUUGAGUGGCAUUUAGAAACUGUGUGGCAUAUGGGGGUGUAGGCAUGACUUGGUGGUGCCUUCUACCCACUGGGGCUUCAUUUACAGAGGACUGGAAGGUUUCAGGUGUGGGAAAAGUAGUAUUAUUAGUUAGAAAAUUAAUCAUGGAUUACAUAAUGCUGAAAGGGAGGUGGGCUUAGAGUGCUGGCAGGAGCCAUAGGGAGAGGGCCUUCCCUCAUGCUGCUGGUACCAGGUUUCUCCUGCCUGCCCCUCAAGGGUCUAGAGACCCUACUUCUCCAUUCUAGUCAUGGUUUCAUCCAACUCCUCACCUGGAGCUCAGUCACUGGGCUCUCUCCUUUGGGACUAUCAGCUUAUGUAGUUGUGGGUAUGGUGGGCAGAAGACUGGCCAGGACCCUGUUGAGAUUGGUGGCCCUUCCUGUUUAGGGCUGGUGUAGAGUUGAUGCUGCCCUCUAUCCCUGGGGUGGACGUGUGUUGGGGGCUGGUAAGAGAUGUCGGAAUGGAGAGGUAAAGGUGAUUGGGGGCUGGCAGGGGACACCUGAAUGGAGAGGUGACACCCCAGGAGUUGGGACCCGCCUCUUCUGGGAUAGCUUGCGGGCUCAGCAGUGAGCUACGUGGCAAUCCCGGAUGAGGUGCUGGGGAGGCUCCGCUAAUGGGUUGUUGGCACCGCCUUCGGGGUGGAUCCUUGUAGCCUUCAUGACCUGCCCUCAGAUUAUAUAACGGGCUGAGAACAAAAGAUUGGGGGAUCCUCCACAAUAAAGAGCAUACACCACACUCGCGUCCUGUCUGGUCCUUGAGCCCACCUUUCCCCCAGGGUGGGUCCGGAGACGUCCGAAGCCUAGCUCCCAGGGAAGGAGACGUGCCUGAAGGGCCCAGCCCGGGUCAAGUGGCGCCCGAACAGGGACUUGAGUUCCUCUUCGGCGACCCCGCCAGGUAUGGAAUGAAAAGGACAAUGGUAAAGGAAGAUGGAUCCCUGUCCGGUGGGCCAGAGAACUUGAGAAAAAAGAAGAACAGGCGUACCAGGAGGAGGAGACGCAAGAGGGGGCGCCGCGGGGACUGCCAUGUGCGCUGCCAGAGGAGAUAUAGAAACGAACCUUCUUGCGUUUCCACUCCGGUUAUUUUCUUUCCACAGGCACGGGAGGGAUAAUGAGGCCUGAAAUAUGGCUCUCUCUUUUGCUGGUCGUUUGGGAAUGUCCAACCCCUGUGAUCAACCUACACCAAUUUAACACUACCUGGGUCUCAUUGGAGACAGAGACACCUAUGUACUGGGCACUAACACCACAUCUGCCCAUUUUUCAACUCAUGACGUGGAAUCACGAGGCAAGCCCACUUUUCCUCUUUGGCAACGCAUCUUGGUUAACGGGUGACUUGGGACUGGCGGUUCCUAUUAUCUCCGAAACUGGAAUGAACGUUACUUGGACUUCUGCGGCGUUGCCUCUGUGCUUAUCCCCUUCAAAUAUCUCGAAUAGCAGCAUUUCUCAACUGUGCUAUCCUCUUUCAAAUUGGUCUAUUUCCCAACCUUCCUUUCUAGAAUCAGAGUUAUUGAAUGCUACUUAUGGUUCCUUAAACAUAACUCUCGCCUCUUUGAUUCGCAAUUUCAGUAAUAACCAUACUGUUACUACUUCGCUACCCCUUGUCCACUUACCGCCCCUCAUAUAUUCGAACCCCUUCAUGCUUGUAGUACAGGAAACUUUAGUAGGUUGAACAAUACUAACGAAUCUAUAUGGUUUGCCGAUAAUUAUCCACAAACUUCUAUACUUCCUGCACCCAUCCCCUUUAAAGAGAAGGCACCCUUGCAAAGUCAUUGGUGGAAGGCAGGUCUUGCUCUUCAUCCUACCUUUGUCCGCUACAAUCAGACCGCUGCCAAAGUACAGCACGGAUUUCCUUUUGCAACAUGGCAUAAGAUUUUUGGGAACAAAAAUAGUACUUGUCAUGAGACGAAUGCUACCACAACUACUGACAUUCUUUGUUAUACUUUUACAGCCGAGGCACAAACGACACCUGAUGCUCUUUUCCUUUUGUGCCCUCCAGGGAACUUUACCAUUUCAAUCGUGCCCCAGGCAAAUAACAAAACCGGUUACACUAUACACUGUACUAAUGCUACCUUGACUAACACUCUUAACACCUCCCAUACCUCUUUUAUCGUCCUGCUUUUAUGUGUACCCCCCUUUACUCUUCACCCUGUGAGAGCCGAUCCAUUCGCAUUGUCUUUAUCGGAUUCUCUCCUACGUAAACUGGUUAAACGGGAUAUUGAUCCCACUGACAUCGUGGCAGUAGCUGCGCUAGCCCUUUCAAUUAUAGAAGAGACACAAAUAAUGCAAUUACAUAAACAAGUCACUUUCUUAGCAGAGUCCUUGCAGCAUUUCAUGCAUUUAGAAAGUCAAGCCUGGAAACAUCAAGAGACACUCGACCGUCUCUUGGAACGACAAAUCACUACCCUUUCUGCUACUGUGCAAGUAUUGUUACAUCAACAAGCUUUUAUGCUGCGUUAUAUGCGCUUGUCAUGUCAUUAUAAAUAUCGCCCUGUUUGUGUAACCCCUAUCCCUUAUAAUUCAACCAUGUAUAAUGAUUUGGAGGACAUUCUACGCAACGCCACCACAGGCGUUGCCUUUGCUACCGAGCUUCAGCAGCUGGAUUUGAUCAUCAUGGCCAUAGAGAAUGCUACCCUGCGCUUUUCCCAAGAUUGGGAGGACUCAAUCUCCAAAACGGUUAAAUGGUGGGACGAUUUUCAAUACCAAAAUGUCCUCCAAUGGAUCCUCCAUGGUGCUCUUGUACUUGUAGGGGGUUUUUUGUUAUGUGUUUUCCUCCCAUGCCUUAUUUCUUGUUUUCUUUCUCUUCUCAAAAGAUCCCUCGCAGCCCUUAAGGCAGAAUUCCGUAAUGCUAACAGCACCCAUCCUCUUUAAACAAAAAGGGGGAGAUUGUUGGGGGCUGGUAAGAGAUGUCGGAAUGGAGAGGUAAAGGUGAUUGGGGGCUGGCAGGGGACACCUGAAUGGAGAGGUGACACCCCAGGAGUUGGGACCCGCCUCUUCUGGGAUAGCUUGCGGGCUCAGCAGUGAGCUACGUGCAAUCCCGGAUGAGGUGCUGGGGAGGCUCCGCUAAUGGGUUGUUGGCACCGCCUUCGGGGUGGAUCCUUGUAGCCUUCAUGACCCGCCCUCAGAUUAUAUAACGGGCUGAGAACAAAGGAUCGGGGGAUCCUCCACAAUAAAGAGCAUACACCACA